UGACAGGUUCAAUUCAGUUGACAAAUAUCAACAAAAAUGGCAUGUGGUAAAAAGAUUUCUUAUCCUAUAAGUCCUCCAAGACCUAAGAAAGCGCUUGGUGUGACCUUAGAAGACGACAUUUUUGAUUUGAUUGAAGAUGAAACUACAGGAAAAAUGAAUAAAGUCAACAAAUACACCUGGCUGAAUGAAAAUCAGAUGAAAGUCGAAAUGAUCGACUUUGGAGCUUCGGUUAUAGCUAUGGAACUUCCGGAUAAGAAAGGAAAUGUGGAUGAUGUAGUUCUUGGUUUCAAUGAUUUCGUGCAGUACUAUCAAAAACCAUCUUAUUACAUCGGAUCGACAAUAGGUAGGGUUGCCAACAGAGUAGCUAACGCUGCUUUCACCAUUAGAGAUAAAACAUUCAGAUUAGAUGCCAACAUAUCUCCUCAUCAACUGAAUGGUGGAAGUAAAGGCUUUGAUAGAGCACUCUGGAGCUCUAGAAUAGAGGAUAAAAGAGUGGUGAUGAGUCACCAUUCACCUGAUAACGAUGCUGGAUAUCCUGGAGAUGUUAUAGUGAAUGCCUUCUUCGAACUUACUGACGACAACGAAUUCGUGUUAGAGUAUAGAGCGUACUCUACAAAACCAACUUGGGUCAAUUUGACGAACCAGAUUUACUUCAAUUUGGCAGGACAUGACACUGGCGCUACCGAGAUGCUCAACCACGUUGUGAGCAUAAAUGCAGAAUACAUUUGGGAAGCCAAUCGGCUGAUGAUACCUACAGGACAUAGAAUACCAAUCGAAGAGAGUCCUUUCGAUUUGAGACAACCACGGUUAUUGAAACAAGUUUUUGCUAAAAACCCCGAUAUGGUAGGGUUUGACCACAACUACUGCAUCACAACAGGAGAGUACCAACAGGAUUCUUUCAUUGCAAGGGUGACACAUCCGGCAAGUGGAAGGAUUUUGGAGUUGUAUUCGAACCAGCCUACUGUUCAGUUUUAUACUGGUAACAAGUUGCCUGUAGCUCCUGAAAAUUAUAAGGGUGAUCCGAAAAAACUGGAUACUCUGGUUGGAAAAAGCCUCAAGAAUUACAACAAACAUGGUGGGUUUUGUCUCAGCCCUCAGUUUUACCCAGAUGCUCCUAAUCAUAAAGAUAGAGUUCCACAUUUCCUUCUCAAUCCAGGAGAUAUUUAUUAUAAUACUAUGCGUUAUAAAUUCUUCAUACAAAAAUAAACGAGUGGUUUAUCAAAUCACAAAAGGAUCAAGAAGUACAACGGCGUCAAUUAUCAGUGUUAAUUUGUAAAAUUGUUGAAUUAUAUUUAUUAAAGUUCAAUUUUGACUAAUAAACACUUAUUAUUGCA